AAAAAAAUCCUCCACUAUCCGAAGUUCCGAACAACAUCCCCUUCCCCACCGAAAGCAAAGGAGAAAGCAAUAAAGCGGGCAUUAAACAUUCCGGCCUCCUCCCACCUCCGUGGAAUUUCCCAUCCAUGGGCGGGCACCAGGCGGAGGAGGGCGGGGGCUCGCGCCCUCCCAAGAGGGCGCCGCGCGCGGGGGCCGGGGUCGAGACGGCGUCGUCGCUGGCGGCGCUGGCGGACGACGUGCUGCUCCAGAUCCUGGGGCUGCUCGAGGGCGACCCGCGGGACUGGGCGCGGGCGUCGUGCGCGUCCCCGCGCCUCGCCGCGCUGCUCCGCGCCGCCUGCCUCCCGCCGCGCCUGUCGCGGGCGCUCCCCGCGGAGCUGCUCCCGGCGCCGGCCCCCGACGGGGCGCCCGCGGCCUGGGCGGCGCUGCACAAGCUCUCCGUCUGCUGCCCGGGGCUCCUCUGCGCCGGCGUGCUCCUCGAGCCCACCGACGAUUUCGGCCUCGAGCUCGACAUCGGGCCCGACAGCCACUUCCGCGCCCCCGCCCCGGCCGUCGCCGUCGAGGGGCUCGAGGCCACGGCCACGUCUCGCGACCGCACAGGCGACGUGGCACCGCUCGCGCACGGCGCCGGCCACACCAGCGACGCCGCCGCGUGGUCGCUCUACGACGACCUGUAUCUGGACGCGGCCUACGACUGCUCGCCCGAGCCGCAGAUCCCGCCCGCGGCCGCGGCCCCAGCGGCGAUCCGCGAGGUGGACGAAGCGACCGCCACCGCCGCCAACGCAUCCUGCGAGGGCGUCGCCCGGCGCGGCGUGGUGGCCGGGAGCCGUCGGCACCCGCGGCGGUGGCUGGGCACGGUGGGCGCGCACCUGGCGUCGGGGUCCUGGACGCUGAGCCGGGAGCAGGGGAACAAGCUCCUGGCCAGCCGCUUCCGCGGCGACCAGCUCUACCUCUGCGACUGGCCCGGGUGCGUGCACGCCGAGGAGCGCCGCAAGUACAUGGUCUUCCGCGGCGUGUUCCUCAACUUCGCCCGCUCCCAGGUGCGCCGCGCGCUCAGGGACACGCGCCGACCCACCGUCGCCGUCGACUGCGCCUUCUGCGGCAGCAAGGAGGCGUGGGACCUCUACUCCGCCUUCUGCCUCCGCAGCUUCCAUGGCUACCACGACGACGGUGAGCCCGUCGUGCGCGCCUACGUCUGCCAGAACGGCCACGUGGCUGGUGCCUGGACCGAGCGCCCGCUCUACUCCUGAUCCUGGCACCGCGUUCUCUGCAUGUAGUAAUUCGGCUUUCAUCGAGCUCUAGAUAUAUGAUGUAUGAUGUGUGUUAUGAUUAGAAUAAGAAUGCUAAGCGGUGGGUAGGUUUGCAGGGUAGUCGAUCGAUUAAAGAUUUGCAUAAAAGGAUUGUAAUCCUGAUGCCGAGAAUAGCUGCAAAUAAGAAUGGAAGUGCCUGUUUGAUUGGGUACUUCUAUCUUCUGAAAAUAACUUAAUGCUGAGUCUUAUGAUUGUAUAGUGGAAUUGCAUAACUCCGAUAUUAUGAAUGAACCUUUUUCGUCUCAGAAGGCCAGAACACCCGUUGUUCUUGUCCCCUUUGGUUUGUAGUUUGUAAUAUGUAUCAUGAGGGCUGCCUGUUACUGAGGAUCUCCAGAAUCCAUGCAUUCUUUUCAUCAA